AUGGCUACCAUGGAUGUGAACGUGAAUCCCACAAACAACAAUAACAAGCGCAAGCGAGGCCCAGACCAAGAUGCAGGUCGUAAUGCGAAGGUUCAAAACACCAACGGAGAGCAAGACGCGUACAGCGCACUACUACAAGGUCUUGAUCCUACGGGUGCAGAGGACGACAGCACUCGAACUGCUCAAGCUGCUCUUGCUGCCCCCAUGAACCAAUCCGCUUAUCCCGAACCACCGGCUUUCGACGGAGCAGCUGCCCUUUCAUCGGCAUUUGACGAGAGUGACUCAUCUGCACUGCCUAAUCUUGGUUCUGCCCAGGCUCUCAUCGACGCUCGUGGCAACCAGGGCAACAAGCCUGCUGUGGGAACACAAGAAUGGCAUCAACAGAGAAAAGACAAUCACAAGGAAGUUGAACGCCGCCGCCGAGAGGUCAUCAAUGAAGGCAUCGAGAAUAUCGCCAAGAUCGUUCCAGGUACUGAGAAGAACAAGGGCGCUAUAUUGCAGCGAACUUGCCAAUACAUCACAGAACUCCAGAACGAAAAAGCCUCACACUUGAAUGAGCGCGCUACCUUCGACGUUGCUCUCAAGGAGUUGACCAAUCGUCUUGAUCGCAUGAAGGAAAGUGCUCGUACUGCCUGGGCGGAAAGCAACAAAUGGCAACAGCGAUGUCGCGAUGCAGGCCUUCACUUCGAUGACUACGAUGAGAGCACUCUGGCUGGUCUCGAGGACGAAGAGCUUGAUCCCAAUACUGUGGUCAGCUGA